UGUAUCUCGGCAAAAAGUGAAAAAGUGAAGUGAUUUGGGACCGAUUUCUUCCUCUCCUCCUCCCACCACACUACAUUAAUAACUCUAUCUGCUCUCUGCAACAGAGCGAUGGAUCUUCAAACGCUUUCGAAUCUCUACACCGCGACGCUGAGCAGCAAUCCUAAUGAGCGCCGCGCUGCUGAGCUUGAUAUCCGCAAGGUCGGCAAUGAAACGGGGAUGGUUUCAGCCCUCCUGCAAAUCAUCGCAACGGACAAUAUCGACAUAUCGACCCGCCAAGCGUGUGCAGUAUGGAUGAAAAACCGCGUGCAAAGCGCUUACGCCCUGCCCGAAUCCGGCGCCAACCCUCGGCGACCGGACGCACCGACCAUCGCCGCGUCCGAUCGCGAUGCCCUCCGCAGCCACCUCCUCCCCCUCCUCGCUGCCGCCCCGUCGCGAAGUAUCGCGCUCCAGCUGGCAAGCACGCUCAAGGGCGUGAUCGCACACGACUUCCCUGCGCGAUGGCCAGGGCUGGUGGACACGAUCAAGGCGCUGCUGGGAAGCGGGGAGGUGAGGCAGGUACAUGCUGGAUGUGUGGCUUCGUUGGAGGCUGUCAGGGCUUUCCGAUUCCGUCAGAAGAACGACGUCCUGCCCAUGCUUGUGGAAGGCCUCUUCCCUACCCUAGUCUCCAUCGCAAACCAGAUGCUGCAGACCCCACCGAGUGCUGCGCAGGAGAUCCCGACGAUGAUGCACUUGAUACUGAAAACGUACAAGACCUCAUUGGUGGUGCAUUUGACUGCCCACCAACAGGCGGCCGAGAGUCUCGUGCCCUGGGGACAACUGCUGUUUGCGGUAGUCAAUCUGCAGAUCCCCAAGGAUGCUGUGCCGGAAGAUGUUGAGGAACGGGAGAAGAGUGAGUGGUGGAAGGCGAAGAAAUGGGCGUAUGCCAUCUUGGGCCGUCUGUUCCAUCGCUUCGGUAAUCCGUCACAGCUUCCCUCUGCGAUGCAAGCCGAGUACGGUGCAUUUGCGCAGCACUUUGUCACUGUGUUUGCCCCCGAGAUCCUUGGGAUCUACCUGCAUCAGGUUGAUCUUUACGUUAGCGGCCAAGCAUGGCUGUCCAAAAAGUGCCAGUACCACAUCUUCACGUAUCUGACCGAAUGCAUCAAACCGAAGUCCACUUGGACCCUCUUGAAGCCCCACGCCCAAAAGCUCGUGGAAACGUUCGUGUUCCCGCAACUGUCGUUCAACGAUGAUCGCCGAGAAAUGUGGGACUCGGACCCGGUUGAUUAUGUUCGCGUCGCAGUCGACGAAUAUGAAAGUUUCCAGACACCAGUCUCAGCCGCGACCUCGUUCAUCUUCUCGCUCGCCUCGAACCGGACCAAGUCCGCGUUUAUGCCGAUCCUCGGCUUCGUGAACUCGAUUCUGCGCUCGUCGGCGCCGGCACCGCAGCGGUUCGGUGCGCUCAACAUGACCGCCGCAUUGGGGCCCUGGAUCAUGCGGCACCCGGAGGUCAGCACGAACAUGGAGGGCUUCAUCCUGCAGUUUGUCACGGCAGAGUUCUCCAGCCCAGAACCGUACAUGCGGGCCAUCGCGUGUGAGGUGACGGGGACCUUCGUCAAGGAAGGCUUGAAGUGGACUUCUGAUGAGAACUUGAACGUGCAAUCGCGUGCUGUAGCGGCUGCGCUGGACGAUGUCGAGCUGCCCGUGCGUGUGCAGGGUGCUUUGGCGCUGACGGAGAUGAUCGUGCUGUACGAGUCUGUCCGGACUGCUGUUGCACCCCAGGUCGGCAAGGUUGUCCAAGACCUGCUCAAGCUGUCAGACGAGACGGACCUGGACAUCUUGAACCACAGCAUGGAGGUCAUGGUCGAGGCGUUCCAGGCUGAGCUGUUGCCCGUUGCGGCCCAGCUGACUGCCCGCCUGUGCGAUUCUUACACCCGACUGAUCAAGGAAAGCCUCGAAACAGCGGUCCCCGUCGGUGACAGCACCGAUGUUGAUUCCCUGCUUGCCAGCGCCGACGACGAUAAGACCUAUGCUGCGAUGGGCAUCUCGAAGACCAUCGGAACAGUUGUGUCCAGUGUCGAUUCGUCGGCGGAGAUUCUCGCGCAGGUGCAGGAGGUCAUCAUCCCGAUCAUCGUGUACACUCUGGAGAACAAGAUUCUUGAUCUGUUUGACAACAUGUACGACCUGGUGGACAGCUUGACGUUCAAGCUCCGCAGCAUCUCGCCGAACUUGUGGCAGGUGUUUGAGUUGACGUACAAGUUGUUCAAGGCUGACGCCGUCGAUUUCCUUGAGGAGAUGUUGCCCUCGUUGGACAACUUUGUCUCCUACGGCAGCGACGUCAUCAAGGCCCGUCCUGAAUACCAACAGAUGCUCUUGGACAUCUACACGACUGCGAUGACGAACGAUCAGCUGGGCGAGAACGACCGGGUGAAUGGGUGCAAGCUCGCAGAGUCGAUUCUCUUGAACCUCCGUGGCAGCGUCGAUAGUGCCCUGCAAUCGAUCAUCACUGCUGCGCUUAACCAGCUAGACAAGAGCGAGACGGCCUCCCUGCGCCUUGCGAAUCUGGAAGUGCUCAUCAACGCGGUGCUGUACAACCCAGUCGCCGCGCUGCACCUGAUGGAGUCGAUCCAACCCGGUGCUGCGCGCGUGUUCUUCGAUCACUGGUUCGCUGCGAUCAAGGAGCAGGCUUCGAAGCUGCCGCGCGUGCACGACAAGAAGCUGACGAUCGUGGCGCUGUGUGCGCUGCUCGAGAUGGAUCCCGCUGGCGUGCCGGACAGCGUCAAGGACGGGUGGCCCGGCAUCGUCGGCGCCAUUCUGCAGAUCUUCAAGGACCUGCCCAAGGCCGUGCAGGCGAGGAAGGAGCUGGAGGAGGCGGACGACGAGGACGAGGAUGAGUACGGCGAGGAGAAGAUCUUGAACAUGAACGAGGACGACGAAGAUGUCUGGGACGAGGACUCGGCGUACCUGGAGCUGCUUGCCAACGAGGGCGCGCGGCUGCGCGAGAAGACGGCGAAGGUCGAGGCCGGCGAGGACGACGACGACGACGAUGACGACGACGACAUGAUCCAGGAGGAGCUGGGGUACUUCAGCGCCCUGGACAACGUGAAUCCGUAUGUGAGAUUCAAGGAAGCUCUGACGGGCUUCCAGAUGCACAACGGUGCGGCGUACCAGGCGGCAACGACGGCAUUGUCACUCGAGCAGCAGACACUCUUGAUGGAAGUCAUGCGUAUAGCAGAGAUCCCCCAGGCGUGAAACGGGGAGGGGGGUCAUUUGAUCGAUACGAUACGUAUCGAUCGCUCUUCCAUCCAUCCAUCGACCCCAUACACUUUUCAUGGCGCUAUCGUAGAUGACCCACCCUUUUUUUUUUUACCUCGCUUCAAUGCUGUUUAUAACGACGAAUGGGUGCGCGCGGGCUCGAUAUAUCUGACCCUUACAAUACAUGGCAGGAAUGGUGCAAUAGGAUAGGAAAUGGAAACGGAAUCAUGAGUCCUGCGACGGUUCGCGCUGUCAGAUGGUCGUGGUGGUGGUGGUGCAUCGAG